CGACAGUUCCACAACACGGGCUAACCCAGCGCGACAAAGUUUUUGCACGCGCGAAACAACAAACUCCACGAUAAUGAGCAGAUAUCGUCCGAGGCCUGUUUUUGUGGAUGAACUCCAGCCAAACUCCCCCCUAAUCCUCUCCAGCCCAUUCAUUUCCCCGCUAGUCUUUGAGAACAAUGCCAGCGACGCACGAGACCACUGUGCAAACGAGCGGAACUUCCUAUCAUGGCUUCGCCUCUCAAUGUAUCUCUGCAUCGUCAGCGUUGCAGUCGUGAUAUCCUUUCACUUCAAGCAUGAGCCCAGCGAGCUGGAAAAGGAACUCUCCCUUCCGCUCGGAAUAUGCUUUUGGGUGCUGAGUCUUGUGUGUUUGUUUGCGGGGUUGGGCAAUUAUGUCAAGACGAUCGGGAUGUACUCGAAGAAAGCUGCACUAGUACAAUCGGGACCGAAGACGCAGUUUGUCAUGGUGAUAGUUGCGGUGGCGGUUGUCGCGGCAUGUGUGCUGUUUUUGUCAACUCAUGCGAAGAGGACCCCGGACACGUGAUUGUAAUGUCACUACUGUGAAGAACGGUGGAGAAUGGCUUAUCUGUGAUAUUUAGGAGGGGCUUGGUUUGAAGAAACCAGUAUGCUGUAGUGGCAAUGUUUACGAUGCAGGUUUUCUCGCUCGAUAUCCUAGUUUUUGCGGGUCGAUCUUGAAGAGGGUAGACAUGUUCCGGAAUUUGUAUUGAGCUGUAGGGGUGUAGGAGUGAGGAAUGGAGUCGUCUGCUUGUAUUUAGUUCAAUUAUUCCACAUACUUUGAUAUAUAUAAAGCGCUAUUGCAAUUAAGAGAUUUAAUG